AUGGGUCGCAAGAAAGCAGUUGCUGAUAAUCUUCUGGCCAACAUCCCGAAUGUUGUUACCGUCCAAUCUCCAUCUUCUCAAUCUCAACCCAAACCAAAACCAAAGAGGUUGAAGAAAGCCCAACCCAAGUCAAUGGUGACUCAAAUUGAUACUGAAGACACCUUGCCAAUUUCAAAACUGGCCGAGGGCGAGAAGACCUCCUCCGUCGCCCAGAAGAGGCCCGCCGAGGUCGAACCAUCUGAAUCCACUAAGUCAGAGAGGCCGAGGUCGGACACUACAGCCACCUCGGGCUCUCUCAAAUCCAAUGCCCCUUGGUCCCCCUCAAUCACAAUUGAGGACAAGCCAGUCAGAGCUGGUGACAGCACCGAUGACAUCGAAGUCGGCGUUGCCUUCUCUACUGCCUUGCUCUUUCCUAAAGACCUCGACCGCAACGCCGAGGCCAGCGAAUUUGAAAAUUUCGCUCUGAUGUUGCAGUACUCCAUAAAAGCCUUUGAUAUCAAGAAAGAGUUGGUUAACAAGACCAAGGAAGCUGUUGGCUUGCUGAAGACUGUCAACAAGGCCGAGGCCAAGAUGAAGACACUGAUGGAUCAGGCCAAGGUAACAAAACAAGCCCAAGACGAGGCCGAAGAGAGGGCAAACGCUGUUGAGGCUAUUGCUAAGGUCCUUGAAGCUGAGAAAAAAGAGGCCGAAGCAAAGACCGCCGAAGCCCAAGCCGAGCUCAUUGCUGCCUUGGCCACCAAGGAUGCUGAGAUAAAAGCAGCGGACGAGAAAGCAUACGCCGAAGGGGCAACCGACGUUCGUGAGGACUAUAAGAAGCAAUCCGAGGACGAAGCUGAGUCCGAGGAUCAGGCUGAGGCUGAGAAGAUCGAAGAAGCUGCUGGGGGCAAGUCCCCAACUCUAAAUGAGCAAGUCUUAGACUUGACUCAGGAUGAGGAGGAUGAAGUCUCUAAAGGUGCCUCCCUCUAG